UGGAAGAAGAAUCCAAAAAGAAGAAAAGUAUAGCCCUAAAGUCCAUCAAAGUUGACUCUGAAGAUGAGGACGUCCUUGAUGAAGAUGAUGUCGCCUACUUCACACGUGAAAAGAGCAAAAACGAUGAGGUAAUAUGUUAUGAAUGUAAAAAGCCGGGUCAUAUAAGAACGGAUUGUCCUCUCCUCAAAUCAUCUAAGAAAUCCAAGAAGAAAGCAAUGAAGGCUACUUGGGAUGAUAGUGAUGAAAGUGCAAGUGGAAGUGAUGAAGAAGUAGCAAAUUUUUGCUUCAUGGCUCAUAGUGACAAAGAGGAUGAACAAGAAGAUGAGGUUUGUUUGAAAGCCUCCAAGAAAAAUAAGUGGUACUUGGAUAGUGGUUGCUCAAGACACAUGACGGGUAAUCCAUCCAAGUUUGUCAAUCUUUCCAAGAAGGAUGGUGGCUUAGUAACCUUUGGUGAUAACAAGAAGGGUAAAAUAAUUGGUAAGGGUACUAUAGGUAAUGACUCUUGUACUCUCAUUGAAAAUGUAUUGUUAGUUGAUGGUUUAAAUCAUGACUUACUUAGCAUUAGUCAAUUAUGUGAUAAAGGUUUUAGAGUUGUAUUUGAUAAAAAUAAUUGCAUAAUUGAAAAGGAGGAGUGA